AUGACAAUGACAAAAAGUUUUCCGGAAAUUGAAUCAAUCAUUCAAAUAGCAAGCUCAUUCUCAUUUGGAUACUUAUUGAAGUAUUUUGCAUUUGAAUGUGAGGAUAAUGCAAAACAAAUUUGUGGCAGUUUAAUCAAAUUAAUUUUGGGCACACGCGCUUAUCGGACUUUGACGACGAGCAUGGCAACUCAACAGGAUAUUUUAUUUGCUAUCGUUGAUCUGUAA